GCAAUGUCCAAGGCACUACCCAAGAGAAAGGAGUCCUCCUCAAGUAAAAUCUCUUUAUCCGACCGACACACAGAAGCAGCAUCCCUCGUUGCCACUUCCUCUGAGAGCCUCGUAGAUGUAUGGAGACGCAGGUUUCCCAUUUGGCCCGAGUGGAACGAUGCAGAAGUCAACAAGGAGAAAUGGGACUCGAGUAAAGGAGCUGAAGAUGGAAGGACGAGCAAGAGUCACAAUGCUCCAUUUUUUGAAGAUCCUGAGGGGAAAAUCUCACUGCCUCCAUCUUUGAAAGUGCAUUCCUGGAAGCGUCCUACAGAGUUUAUUGUCAAUAAGGGUCUCACCGUUGUUGAAAAUCAAAUGACCUUCGACCUAAUCUCCUCCAAUGGUCAUCUUAUGUGCAGUGAGCUGAUGAGGUGGCUCAUGAGUGAGAUCGGUAUUGUUUGGACGCUGCAUAACGGCACAUUUACAGAACAAGAUGGUUGGAGACCCUGGGAGCACAUCUACUCGCUGUGUAAGGUGGUGAAAGGUCAUGUGCCUCUCUACAACAACUAUGGGAAAUACGUGGUCAGACUCUAUUGGAUGGGUUGUUGGAGAAAGAUAACAGUAGAUGAUUCGAUGCCGUUUGAUGAAGACAACAACCUUCUUCUUCCUGCCUCCUCCUGUCAGUUGGAGCUGUGGCCGAUGCUGCUAGCCAAGGCUCUCAUUAAAGUGGCCAACACAAAUGUCGUGUCUGAGGUCCACGGAGAGAUGGGUGAGUUCACCUUCACCCAUACCCUCACUGGCUGGAUACCAGAAAUCUGUCCAAUAAAGUCAGCAUACGUGGGGAAAAUGUGGGAUGUCUUACAAGACACCAUUCCCACAUUUAAACACCCAGAUGAGAGUUUGCCGGAGACAAAGUCUCAGACUGCAGAUCCAGCGGCAGGCGGACGUUCCAGCUGUAAUGACAGCGAGAGUCAGCUGCCAGAGAAAAGUAAAGGUACCUCCGAGGUCGUGGUGUGUGCCAGCUUCUACCCGUUACAGCCACAUAGCAAUUCCUUUGGGUUUGAACAAACGGCUAAUUCCUCAGAGUUUCUCCGUCAGUACGGUCUCUCCUCGCUGCACAGCCACAUUGUCCUGUUGACAAGAACAAGGGCGUGCCAGCUGGAGGCACCACCCAAACCUCCCCCCGUACCCCAAUGGAAACUCAUCCGCCAGCGGAAGGAGAUCGUGUUCACCGAUGAAGCACCAAAACUUCCCGUGUCAAAACCAGAGCAGUUCAUCGAGGUUGCCAGCCCUUUUCUUCCCUGUCGUGUCAAGAGUAGCGUUGGCCAGAUUCCAGAAGAGGCCACGCAGAGCACUCAGAGGAAACGUUCCCCUCUGGUGUCCAUUGCCGAGAGAGAGGAGACCGAAUGCCGAGGAGGCCUUGAGCCAGAUGCUGCCGAAUGCACCGCAAACUCACCUAACAUCACAGGAGUCAAUAUAGAGGUUACUGCAAAGGACAUGAAGAAGGACAAUGAUGACAUCUCCAAUGAUCAACCCAUAACUCCAUUGGAGGAGCCUGUAACUGAGAAACCCUCGGCUCCUGUCAAACCCAUGCUGCAGGAGGCUUGGAUGGACCUGGACGACUUUGCUAAAUGCUUUCAGACUCUCUUUGUGUUUCAUAAACCGCAAAUCUACCCCCAUCAUAUCCAUAAAUCACACUUUAAGAGCACCAUCUUGUCCAAAACGGCAACAGGCACCAACUUGACUGGGUCAUCGACACACUCCACUGGAUCCCUCCCUGUGACAUCGACUGUAGCAAGCCCUGAAUGUCCAGAAGUGAGAGGCACUCACUACCUGUGUGUGGACAGUCUGCAACCUCUCCAUAUCCUCAUCAGCUUCUCAGCUCUGCUUUGCUGGGGAGAUGCAGCUGAGGAGAGAAAGGAAACGUCUGCAGCAUGUAGGUCUUCAGUUGUCGUCGCCCAGGUCAACUCCUGGAACAGCCUGCAGUUUCAGCUGCCAGUACUCACCAUAAAGACCACCUCCUCAAAGGCCGCCAUGUUUAACGUACCCCCCGGGCGCCAUGUGUUCUCCCUCCACACAAAGGCAGCACUGGGCUACCACGUUCACCUUUGCAGCAAGACACCGUUCAUGUUUGGGGAUGAAGAAACCAUCAUGUCACCACUUACCAAGGAGAGUGCUCGUUUCACUGACCAGGCCUCAUCCAUAUGGAGGGCCCUGUCCAGAUUGGUGUCUUCCUUCAGCGAUGAGCAGGAGCAGCCAGCAGCCAGAAGAGCCCUGGAAGAAGCUCAUUGGCCCCAAAGCACCACCCUGGGAAAAGGGGAACACCACAAGGUGUUUAACUCUGCAGUUUACAAAAUGAUGUGUGAGGCUGUGGGCAGGAAGCUGACAUCAGAGGAGCGGUUUGCUAUCCUGGCCCUCACAGCUGACCCUUCACUCUUGGCCACUGACCCCAGAGAGCACUCCCCUACUUUGGAUGUAGGAUCAAAGCCUCCAGAAAGAGACAAGGAGCCAACAGACAGGGAGGUCAAGGCAGUCACCGUCCUGCAGGCCGCAUUCAAAGGACACUUGGUGCGAGAGAUCUUGAAUGCCUCAAAACCGGGCACAAAGGAGCAACUCAGUGCUUCGAAGAUCCUUUUAGACAUGUGGCCGAAGAUUGAAUCUGAUGCAGAGAAACAUGCCGCCCUCUUGCUACGGUAUAUAAUUGACCACUCUGAGAGGAGAGCAGAGAUCUACCCCUGUCAGCAGGAUGAAUGGACCAGAGUGACCUUCGCUGAUUACUCCGUCUCUCUUCAAGACACAGCCAACUCCUGGCUCUUGGUCUUCAGAGAGGUGUUCCUGGUUCAUAAGGAGAUGCAGCUAGUACCAAAGGUCUACUCCCCAGUCCCUAAUUGUUUGCUCCACGUCAUAAACAAUGACACAGGAGAGGAGCUGGACAUGUUCUUCAACAAAGUGACAAACCACGUCUAUCAACCCAACAAGCUUGGUUACACCUUUGUGGCAGAGGCUGUCACAUGUGAAUCACCCCCUGCUGGUGCAAUGUGGAGGAUGCGCUUGAUUGGCGCAAAGGACCUCCUUCCAAAACUCUCCCAUAACGCUCCACUCAACACGUUCUCAGUGAAGACAUUCCGGGAUUAUUACAUUCCCAAUGACAAAAAUCUCAUAUGUCGUUACAAUGUGCAGGUGACUGCAGACGUCGUUGGAACAAUUCAGUUUCAGACUUCACAGCCAGACGUUUUGAUCCGUCUGUCGGUCCUGGACCAGGAGAAGGUGGUGGCUGGCAAUAGUGGCAAGGGUCAUGUGGUAAUACCUGUGUUCUGCUUCCAGGACAACAAAGCCCUUAAUUCCACAGAUGAGAAGAAGCAGAAGCAGAAGGGAUCCCCCACCCAGGGCCAGGGAGGCAAGGUGAUGGACACUCCCCAGGAGGGAGAAGAGGAGGGCAGCACUGCUGGAAAAUCAGACUCCACGUUCGACCAGAUCCAGCCUCCCACAGAAACUAUGGUUCAUAAGUAUGUGGUGCAGGCGGAGGUGCUUCAUAAGAGCUGGGAUCUGGAUGAAUCUCAGCUGGCUUUUGUCCAUAUGCUCAGAGACUUGGAGAAGAAUGAAAUGAGAGUAAAGAAGCUUGAGGACCGUUCAUCCUCCAGUGACACACCGCCCCAGCAUGGGCACAAACCUGGCUCACAGAAAGCCAACCGCAAAGGGGAAGUGGACAAGGAGAAGGGGAAGCCAGCUGCCAACUCGAAAUCUGGCUCCAGGCAGGAAACGAGCCUUGAUCUGACCAAGGCCAACUGGACUCUGCGUGUGGUCGCUGACAAGAGCAGUGCGAAGAGCAUUGAGGUGGCGAAGGACACAGACAGAAUGGACCAGAUUCAAGCCAUUAAAAAAGCGUGGGAAAUGGCUGAACCAGGCCGCUGUGAGAAGGCCUCACAGUGUCGCCUCAAGUUUCUUAACCAGCUCCAACAUCGAGCAGGUGAUGACACUACUCCAGAUGGUGCAGAGCCAGCUGCUUCCAGAUUGGAUCCUAAUAAGAAGCUGACCAUGGACUACACUCCCUUCAUCAGGAUGAGCCGCACAACGACUGCACACUUUGGGAAAGCUGAAAGGGCAAUGCAUGGACUCCAGUGGGCAAUGAUGUAUACUCGACAAUGAGGGGAGGCUGAGGGGCGAAAAAGACCAAACUUAAAAGAAGUAUGAAUAAAUACAUUUCAAUCAGGAGAGACUUGUAUUGAGUUGAACAAUAAUGUAUUACAUAUAUUUAAAAAGUGCAAAGUCUUUGGCGAUUGAAUUAGGAUGAGCAAGGGGUAGUGAUGCUGAUGUCUGCAGAAUCCCCCCGAGAGUCCAGACACUGGUGGGGGUGGUGAAGGAAGUCGCUGUAACCCGAUGAUGAAUGAGGCGCCUGCCGCAUGCUGAUUGGAGGAGCCUGGGGUGGAGGAGGGUUGCAUCUGUUUUCAGCUGAAAUGAUAGCUGACAGCAGCAGAGAGGAGAACCGAUUUAAAAGUUUGACAACAACAAAUUGAUUGGCUUACAGAAACUGAGCAGAAUCUGAUUGGUUCAUUUAAAGUGCCCCAAUCAGCUGAUGGAGUAAUAAUCAGUGUGAUGAUUAUAGACUGGGAUUAUGAAUGAAAAGGAGUGUAAAGAGUGUCUUCCUGACUGAACUUCCGCUUGAGCUUCCAGAUCAAAUGUUCUCCAUGAAGGACCUCAGGAACAGAUCUAACAACAGUACAUUAGGCUCUACGAAGACUUACACAACUGAAACUAAAGACAUGUAACCCUCCUGUUAUGUUCGUUUCUUACAGACAGCCGUGAUGUUCCCGGGUCAAUUUGACCCGCAACAUAACAGGAGGGUUAAACAAUGGGCAGGAGAGGGUAUUGUUUUUCAUCAAAAGUAAUUAUAGUGUACCAUUAAUUUAAAAGUGCUGCGUGUAGAAUUUGGUGGCUUCUAGCUGGCCCUAUGAACCCUUCUGAGUUUGUCCGUUCUGGGCUACUGUGGAAUCAUGGCAGCUAGCUCUAUACUUAUUAAUGUUGUAUUCCAUUUCGGCCAAGAGACCCCCAUGAAUGCUACACGCUGUUCCUUUAUUAUACGAUAAAGUGUUUAUUAAGGUUUAAGAAAACUAUUCCAGGUUGUUUGAGAUUAUCAAAAAUCUGAAGGUUGGUGAUGUGUAUUAUAAUGUAUACAUUUUCCAUGAAUCAAAUGCUCUGAUACAUGUAAAGUUGACAGUGUUCUGAAGGAAAGAGUCUCCCGCCAUGGUUGCCCUCAGUGUCUCCCAGUGCUCUCCCUCCCAUCCAUCUCUCCAUCUCUCCCCCUUUCCAUCCCUCUCCAUGAUAAAUUAGAUGAUAUUUGGGUCUGUUAAUUAGAUAGUUAUUUAUGGACCCCGAUGAGCUUGUCACUCCAGUGAGAUGUGCUCCACUCCCAUCACCUUUCCACCCUUGCUUGCUGUGUGUGUGUGUGUGUGUGUGUGUGUCGGUGUGUGUGUGUGUGUGCCCACCCGCACGUGUGUCCAUGUCCGCCUACACCUUAAACUCACGUGCACACUCAUGCAUGCCAUCUUCAGAAUGUGUGCACACAUGUUACAGGCAGAUCCAAAUUAACUCCACCAUCACCUCUACUGGUCUUGCUUCUUCAUGAAGGUCAUCUUCUAGGAAUAAUAGAUAAAGCAUCUUUAGCAUCUAUUAUCCCUCUGGUAAUGUACGUGUGCCUCAGAGUGCCACUCCUCGUCAUUUCUCUUCCUAUCUCUGCAUUUAUCAGCCACAUUUCCAUUUGUAUUUGUUCUGCCGGUGUAAACAUUGUUAGUUGUCCAAUCUCACAAAAUAACUUGUAGAAUUUGUGACAUUUUCUAUUGCUUGAGCUGCUAAUAUCAGCAAUAUCUGAUCCUGUAAAUACUCCCUCCUGACUUUAAAGUAACAUUAUGCAGUUGCACAACACUGCAUUUCUCAGAGAAAAAAAACCUCUUGAGUUCUUACUAUAAAUAAAUGAACCAUCCAGCGUUCACAUUCUGGUGAGAGACUAUACCGAAACGGUGCAAAAGGCAUUAGCUCAUGUUGCAGUGAAUUAAUCUGCACACACAGAUCACAUUGUAAGUCCUUGUGUAUGUCGGUAGACGCCAAAAGGAUUUUCCAGUGCUGAUGGACUCGCAGAUAGAGGAGAUCCAACAGAAGGAGCGCUUAGAAAAGAUCCAGACUUACCGGUUGG